AACUUGGGUUUUGUCUCCGUGUUCCCCACCUCCAUGUGCUCCUAAAGCUCCUUCUUUCUGUUUUCUGGGUCUUCAUGCUUCAGUUCUACUUUAAGUUUAGGGUUGCUUCUCAAAUCUGAUAUUGCAUUCCCAAUUUAGAGAGUGAUACCCACAAUAACCAAAGAUGGGAGUGGAUUUAAGACAAGUGGUGGCUGGUGUCCUCACCCUCACAAUGUUCGUCAUGCUUAUACAUAUGAUCAAAAGGGACCAUUUUGAUUCUGUUGAAGACAAACUUCCAGGAACAGCAGAGGAUUUCAACUUUGAAAAUGCAAAGCUUGAUACUACUCAUGUUAGAAAGAAUAUAGGAUUUUUGAAGGGAAAUGCUGAUCAAUUAAAACCAUGUUGGGUUAAGCCAUCUGGAGACAGCGUGGAGCAGACUGAUGGCUUUGUUACCUUUUCACUAACCAAUGGUCCAGAGUACCAUAUAUCUCAGAUAGCAGAUGCAGUGAUUGUUGCUCAAAGUCUUGGAGCAACACUUGUCAUCCCUGACAUUAGAGGAAGCCAACCUGGUGACAAGAGGAACUUCGAGGACAUUUAUGAUAUUGAUGUGUUCAUGAAAAGCAUGGAAGGAGUGGUCAGAGUGGUAAAGGAUCUUCCUGCCCAUGUCUCAACACAGAAAAUUGCUGCUGUGAAGGUCCCCAACCGGGUUACAGAAGACUACAUAGCUAAACAUGUUGAACCUAUUUAUAGAUCAAAGGGAAAUAUAAGGCUUGCAACUUACUUUCCUUCAAUAAACAUGAGAAAAGCAGGGAAAAAAGGUGACACUGAUUCUGUUGGAUGCUUAGCAAUGUAUGGAAGCUUAGAGUUGCAGCAAGAAAUGCAUGACCUUGUUGACUCUAUGGUUGAAAGACUUAGAACUUUAAGCCGAAAGUCAGAUGGUCAAUUCAUAGCUGUGGAUUUGAGAGUUGAGAUGUUGGAUAAGAAGGGUUGCCAAGGAAGUGAUAGUGAUGGAGAGAAGAGCUGCUUCAAUGCACAAGAGGUUGCAAUGUUUCUGAGGAAGAUUGGUUUUGACAAGGAUACUACAAUCUAUGUGACGCAAUCAAGGUGGGAUGGAAGCCUUGAUUCUCUUAAAGAUUUGUUCCCUAAAACUUACACGAAGGAAGCCAUCAUUCCAGCAGAUAAGAAAAAGCUCCUAGAUUCUGAAGACUCUGAAUUGGAGAAAGUGAUUGACUUUUACAUUAGUUCUGAGAGUGAUGUUUUCGUACCAGCAAUUUCAGGUCUAUUAUAUGCGAAUGUAGCUGGUAAGAGAAUUGGUUCUGGUAAAACCCAGAUACUAGUUCCAGCUAAUAUUCCAGAUUCAACUGCUUCUGCCUCCGGUUUCUUGUCCCCUUAUAUCUCCAAGAAAAACCACUUUGCCUAUUCUUGUUACUGUUAGUUUGCAUUGAAGACAUUCCUAGCCUCUAUUAGUAAAUGUUGUGUAGCCAUUGUAUUGAAUGAUGCUUUCCAAUGUACCCUUUUGGGAGUUUCAGUAUUAAUGGCCUAAGGCUUUUUGUUUUUAAAUUUUUAUGAGCAUUCAACAAAAAAUUCUGUUCACUAGACUGGAGUUACAGUCAUUUGACAUGUACACAGGGCAUUCUGUUCGCAUAUUUAGUUUGUAAAAUUAUGGUUGCCCCAUAAUUAUUUUUCAUAAUGAAACAAUUGAUAAUCCAUUCAUUGGGCAUUUAAGAGGAUAGAUUGGAAUUUUAUU